AUGGUCCAGUUUUCUACGCACACCAAUAAUGGAGGCGAAAAUACAGAACGGCUCAUCGAAAACAGGACGAGGGGUUACGGUCAACGGGACGGUGUCCACCCUGAAGAGGCAGCCGAGGCCACCUGUCUCCUGCACAGCUCCAUUAAGCAGCACAGCGAGGAGGUUUUCUGGGUGCGUGCCAGCUCUGUGAGUAGACCUCAGGGUACGAGCGAUUCCGAGACAGGCUACCAGAACUCCGACAGCUGCCAGGGAAGUGUGGUGGGAUCGGAGAGCCAGGAGGGAGCGGAGCAGGUCGAUGCAGGGCGGAGGGACUCGUUGUCAAGUCAGGGCACCUCUGCUGCUUCAACGGCGUCAUCCAGCUUAGAGCAGAAGAUUGAAGAGAAGCUCAAGUUUUCUCAGUUUCUUGAUGAGGUUACAUGUAGGGUCCUGGAACCCGAGUGUCUGCAAGCCUUCGGAGCGCCUAUCCGUCAGAAGGAGCAGCCUUGUCCACAAACAUCGUCUCUCCAAUGCCUAAACUUAACACCAGUUUCCAGUCCUUGGUUUGGUUCCAGUAGGGAUUCUGCCUGUAAUUCCAGGGACAGUAACAUGUACAAGUGGGCCAAGUGCAUGCCGAGCUGCAAGAUUCUGGAUGCCAGCGAGACCCUUAGAAGAACUCAAGAGGAACCACCGUUCAUGGAAAUGUUAGGAAGUACCUACCUAGAGACUGACAUAGACAGAGUAAGGAGGGAAGAUGAAGUGAGCUCCAUACAUCUACGAGACAUGGAGAAGAGAACUUUACAGACGAGUGGCAAAUCUUCUCGAGGAAGUCCGAGUCCUGUUUCAAAGCACUCAGACGGGGCACUGCGGACACCGCACUGCACAACCUCGCUCCCGAGACCUGCUGUGAGCGCCAUCAUGGUCUCUGAUGGAGACGCAAGCAGCAGCAGUUCACUGCAGGAGCAGAAGGAGGAUCUGCGCAGACAUCUCGGCUACAUCACACACAAACUGCAGCAGCUGCAGAGCGAGUUCGAGUCAACGCGUCAGUAUCUGGAGACGGAGCUGCGACGAGCUCAAGACCAAUUCGACAAAUUCACUGAGAAACUGCGCAGGUCCGAGAAACACGGUCACUGA